UCAGUUGGAGUGACCGAGGAUCCAAUCUUCUCCUAUCAAGUUGUAGAACAACAGCAGUUGAACUACGUGCGACCUGUUAUCAUCCUCGGAGCUUUGAAAGAUCGUGUCGAUGACGAGCUUGUUACUAGAAAUCCAGAUCGCUUCAGCAGCUGUGUUCCCCGUGAGUUAGUCACAUCAAAAUUUCGAUGCCUCUUCUGGCAAAUUUUUUCAUUCAAGAGUAUUAGAGGAUCAACUUUUCACUACCACUUUAUAAGCAAAGCCCAAAUGGAACACGAUGUCAAGAACAAUCUCUUCAUUGAAGCUGGCCAGUUCCAGAAUAAUCUCUAUGGAACUAGUAUCGACAGUGUGAGAAUGGUUGCUCAACAGGGUCGUCAUUGCAUUCUAGACGUGAGCGGUAGCGCAAUUCGCCGUCUGCAGUCGGUUGCCAAUAUCUAUCCAAUUGCCGUAUUUAUAAAGCCAUCCAGCCAGCAUCAUAUAAUGCAAUUGUAUCAUUCUUUGAAUGAGGACGAGGCCAUGCAACAAUUCCAACGAUGUCAACGAUUAGAGCAGACGUUUGGCGAUUUGUUCACAUGUAAGUGGAUUUUUGAUUAG